UAUUGAAUCAAUGCUACGCCCGCCUUGCAAGGUCCCGACUCCAUCUACUGAUUGAUGGUUCCAAAAUUACGACAACCUUCCCUCCCGCUUGCCACGCCCUUUAAGCUUUUUGGGGAUAGGGCGUUUCAAUGGCACUUGAUCCUGGUCGCGGCCGCGGGCUCCCCCCUCUUCCUCUCUGCCUCUUCAAACACUACACAGACACCGGCAGGGGUCGGUCUGAAUAUUCUGCCGCCCCUCCGCUUCUCCGUGCCAGUGGUGCAACUCCAAACUUCACAUGCAUGGUCAACGCAACGUCUUCUAAAGUCCCGCACCUCCCCUCGACGACGUCUUGAUAUAAGCUGGACUUCACCUGCCUCAAGCCGAUUCAAGUUUGUCGAUUGACCAUUUCACCCGCCUCAGGUUGCUCAAGCGCCUGUAUUAUCCGACCGGCCUACUUUCCGCGUCACACUUGGUCGAGAACUUCUCGCUUGGGCCCUUUUCUGCCGCCGUCACCAUGGCAAAUACUUCUGUUGUCGCAGCGCUGUUGGUCGGCGUGAGCUAUGUCAUCUUUCGACUGCUCAACAAGGUCGUUGAGUCGCGCAGGAGGACGGCGGAGGCCCACCGGUUGGGUUGCAAGGACCCGCCGCUUGAGCCUAAUCGUUGGCCAUUUGGAAUACACAACGUCAUGAAAGCCAUGAAAGCCGACAAGGCGAAACUGUUCCUAGAAUGGAUAGGGGAGCGUCAUGCCGCGAUGGGCGUUAACACCUGGAGGUACUCCUUGUUUGGGCUAACCAACGUCUUCACGACGGACCCAAAAAAUGUUCAGGCGAUUCUGGCGAAUAACUUCGGGACCUUUGACCUCGGUCCGCAGCGGGAGGGCAUGUUCUGGCCGCUUCUCGGCAGUGGCAUUUUCACCCAGAGCGCCAAGGAGUGGAAGCACUCCCGUGAGCUCAUGCGGCCGCAGUUCACCCGCGACCAGGUGAGCGAUCUGGAUCUAGAAGAACUGCACCUGCAGAACAUGGUCAGCGCGCUGCGUGACAGGAUACAGCCCGAUGGCUGGACAAACAUGGUCGACCUGCAGGUUCUCUUCUUCCGCCUUACGCUCGAUUCUGCGACCGAGUUCCUGCUCGGAGAGUCGGCCGACUCUCAGCUCCAGCACAUCCCCGGCUACGGCAAGGAACGCAACUCCGCAGAGGAUAUUCACAACAUCGACUUUGCCUUUCAUUUUGACAGGGGCCAAGUUGGACUCGCCACACGCACUCACCUAGGCCCCAUGUACUGGCUCUACACCUCGUCCAAAUUUCGCGAGUCGGUAAGGGAGUGUAACAAGUUCAUCGACUAUUAUGUCAAGCGUGCUCUCGUUAAGGACUUGCGCGAGAAGGGCUCCGAGAAGGAUGGCAAGAAGAAGAAGUAUGUCUUCCUGGAUGCCAUAGCGGAGAAGACUCAGGAUCCCAUCGAGCUCCGAUCGCAGUUGUUGAACAUCCUCCUCGCGGGCCGCGACACCACCGCCUCGUUGCUGGGCUGGCUGUUCCACCUGCUUGCCAAGGACCCAGCCCGCUACAAGAAGCUGCGCGACACCAUUGUUGAAGAGUUCGGGACUUUCUCCAACCCAAAGGAGAUCACCUUUGCCGGCCUCAAGGGCUGCCAAUACCUGCAGCACUGCAACAACGAGACGUUGCGCCUCUACCCCGUCGUGCCCAUCAAUAGCCGCUGGGCCUACAAUGACUCCGUAUUGCCCACUGGAGGCGGGCCCAACGGCACUGACCCGGUGUUUGUGCCAAAAAACACCGCCGUCGACUACUGUGUCUAUCUAACGCACCGCCGCAAGGACAUUUGGGGCCCUGACGCGGAUGAGUUCAGGCCUGAGCGAUGGGAGGGCCGCAAGGUCGGCUGGGAGUUCCUGCCGUUCAACGGCGGGCCUAGAAUAUGCCUUGGGCAGCAAUUCGCCCUCGCUGAGUCGAGCUACGUGACCGUGAGGCUGCUGCAGCGGUUCGACGCGCUCGAGAGCAUGGAGCGGGACCCCGUGGCCAGGCAGCACCUGACACUGACGAGCUGCAAAGCCUAUGGCGUUAACGUCAGGAUGCAUGCGGCCGCUCAAUCUUGAACCUACAAGAACUCGAGACUGAGGACUGAGACCGGUUAAGCACUUAUGCGGUAUUGCAGUUUGUGAUUGUCUUGAUAGAGCAUUAGUAACUUGGGUCGGCGUUCAGUGGGUUUUCAGACACCUAUGUAUUUAUCUUGGUGAUUGUAAUUAAUAGCUUUGUAUACCUAGGUACUCAGCGAUAUCUCUCUGCUCCAGGGGG